GUGAUCAGCAGUAACUCAGGCGCAACGAACUUGCUCUCAAAGACAGAAAGCAAGGAUAAAGGGCGCUGGUGCAUAGGCUACGUAGGCAUGCAAGUCUUUACACUUUAGAUUGAUUAACUGUUAUUGCGUAAAGAACCGAGCAAUUUUAAUAUAGUUAACGACUACAUCAUGCUUGUGUAAAUUUUAAAUAAUAUCUGAUCACACGAUCUUGAGCAAGCAGUUCGAAUCGUGAUUGAAGCACGAGUGAUUGAUAUAUGGCACGGUAUUACAAACGGUUAAAAAAGGAGGAGUCAAGUUACUGAGAUCACAACUCCAGUCUCACUAGACACACGACCAGGCGACCAGCUCCUGAUCACCGCACUGUGUUUUUUUUUUCCCGAAAGACGCAGAUCGAGGAAUUUGAGUUGAAGUUCGCGCACAACCGGGAGCGGAACGUGAGCGGGCUGAUCGCGCCGCGUGUCAGUGGGAUGCGAUGGUCUCGCGCGCGUGGAAGGAAAAACAAACAGGCGUGACAGCGAUUGCGCUCGGCGUGAUGAAUAUACAUCCGAAGUGUCAAGGCAGUGCCGGGUUCAGACGAUCGGACUGAGACGCCGGGUGGAGGUUCUGACGGACCCUCAAGGGAAACCGAGCGCCGUGUAAACAGACACCCCGAGCGGUGAAUGGGGAGGGCAACGAUUUCACUACCUGGGCAGCAAUGAGAGGAGCCACAGGUUUUCUUCGGACGGCGUUGGGAUACGCGUGGAAUUAAAAAGUGUGUGGCCUGGUUUCCUCGGGAGAUCUGAAGCCGCAGAACCGAUCGGUCGGGAAAUCAGCUCACCGGAGGGGAGAGAGACCCACAAGCUUUUUUCGUGGACUUGUGGCACCAGCUGCCACCAUCUGAGGGUCUUCCCAGCCAAAUUCGCACCGGACACGUGCGGAUCCCUCCCGCGCCCCCUCAGAGAGCACACGGGUCCUUCUCUUCAGCUGCCUUCCGCUUGACUGCCCGACAGGAGUGUGACUAUGGUGCGCCGAACAAGAGGAAUGUAGAAGAUAACCUUUUUUUUAUGCCCCUCUAAUGCAGGAAGAGCUGAACGACCAUUGACCAGCAAGCAGGAAGGGUCAGUCAAAACAGAGCUGGCCAGCCCUCAGAGACAUUGUGUGUAUGGGCGGCAAGCGUAGGGAUAUUUGAGAGACCUUGUUAUCUUGAAGGCGAGAGGACCGCGUGCUGUUUUUAGCCAGCCCGGGAGCUCCUGUCCCGUUUCCUCGAUGUGGCGUUGAGGACGAGCGGGGCGGGGCAGCAUGGUGAUGUCACAGGGCACCUACACCUUCCUGGCGUGCUUCGCGGGCUUCUGGCUGGUGUGGGCGCUGAUCGUCAUGCUCUGCUGCUUCUGCAGCUUCGUACAGCGCCGGCUGAAGCGGCGGCGGGAGGAGAGGCUGCGCGACCGCUGCCUCCGCACCCUCGAAAUGGAGCCCCUGGAGUACGGGGGCUACCCGCCGAGGGAUCCGCCCCACGGCCUGCCCCCUCCUCACCCGCACCCGCAGGGCCCGCACGCCCUCCCCCCUCCCAGCAACUGGGCCGGCCCCCAAGAAGCAGAUGUUUUCGGGAAGCCCCCUUGUUACGAGGAAGCUGUGUUGAUGGAGGACCCUCCGCCGCCAUACAGCGAGGUGCUCGCGGACACCAGGGGCGGGACCUACACCAAGCCUGCGUCCGGGACAUCCCGGAAACAGCAGGACUCGAAGACGAGCAAGACGGCCCAGGAUUGCACGUUCCUGGAGCGGCCCUACUCCUCCCUCAUCCACCUCCCCGUGGAGGAGCACUGGGACUCCCUGGGCCGCCUGCUCUCCACCAUGGACCUGAACCGCCACAACCUCCCCGUCGACCCGCAGGCCUCCGCCCUCGCGGCCGUGCCCAGGGAGGGCAGGACGAACUCCGAGCUGGGGCUGGGCCGGCUGCAGCUGGAUCAGACCUGCGCCCUCCCGACCGCCUUCCCCCUUUUCGGCAGGAGCACAGCCGUGUGAGCUUCCUCUUCUGAGAUUCGUCACCUGCUCUUGCAGGCAGAGGGGGUCACGUGGCUUUGGGUGGCGAUGGAAGCGGGCUUUUGUUUGCGGGGUGUGAGGUGCAGGGGCAGGAGGCCUCUUUGUUCAGCGCUCGUCGGGCUGCCCUUGAUGAAGAUGCCGAUCGCCGCCCUCCCUCUCUUCUCUCCUCUCCGGCAUCCCCGCCUGACGUGGAGAAGCCAUUAUGUGUCGGUCUGCUGUUGCCAUGGCUCCAGGAACAUAUGGGCUGUCUGCGGCCUAUCAAAUUACAGGCAUACAACCUUCUUCCUUCUAAUAUGUUAUAAUGUUUUUUUUGUCUGAUAUAAAUAUGAAUAAAAUUGCAAUCCUGUCUUUGUAAAUUGUAGUUACAGCGAAAACAAAAUUAAAAUAAAGUGAAAUAUUCAAUUAUCUUCAAUAGCAAUUACU